AUGGCAAGAUCCUCCGCGGAAGACGUCCCAGAUGAUGUCGACGAUGAGGUGAUGCAGGAAACCGGCAAAGAGGUGCUGAAGCCCCAGGGGAACAUCCCAGCCGCCUCGCUUUGUAAGCUCUUUUCGAUGAUGGAUGCCGUCGAGGUAGUCGUAUUGUUGAUUGGAUGCAUCGGAGCCAUUGGUAAUGGGCUAUCGCAGCCCCUGAUGUGCAUUGUUCUCGGUGACCUCAUCGACGGCAUGGGCGAAGGCACCGGGGGUGCUGAGACCUUCAGCCCUGAGCAGAUGCAGCCUGCGAUGGAUGCAAUGAUGGCGAAGAUGGAGGAGCUUUGCAUCACCAUGAUGCUGGUAGGUGCGGGUGCGACGUUGGCGGCAACUUUGCAAGGAUGCUUUUUCAAAAUCUUUGCGGAGAAGCAAGCCUUCAAGUUCAGGGUGCUCUACUUUGACUCGGUGCUCCACCAGGAUGUCAGUUGGUACGACACCAAGGAAGUUGCAGCAUUGCCAGCGGAGAUCAAUGACGAUCUUGAGAAGAUUCAAGAUGCUUUUGGAGACAAGUUCGGAAACGGAGUCAUGUCCACUGCCGCAUUCAUUGGUGGCUUUGGCUGUGCCUUUGGCAUGGGUUGGCUCAUUGCACUGGUGAUGUGCUCCACAUUGCCAUUUAUGGGUAUCGGUGCCGCUAUCAUGGGACAGGCUGUUCAGGAAAUUCAGAAUGAGACACAAAGCUGCUAUGCCAAGGCCUCCGCUGUUGUUGAGGAGUGCCUUCACGCCGUGCGCACGGUCGUCGCCUUCGGCGGGGAACAUCGCGAGCUGAAGAAAUUCUCGGUUGCAGUGGUCGAGGCCCGCAGGGGUGGGGUGAAAAAUGGCUUCAAGAUUGGCGCAGGCCUGGGCUACACCAUGAUGAUCAUGUACCUGGGAUAUGGCCUGGCCUUCUGGUUCGGCAUGACUUUAAGGUAUAACGAUGAGGUGAACCCGGCCACGGGGAGGCUCUGGGAGCCCGGUUUGAUUUUGGCCAUCUUCUUCUGCAUCUUCGUUGGCAGCUUCAUGAUCGGCAACCUUGACCCAAGCCUGAAGGCCAUGAAAGCAGCCCAGAGUGCCGCCGGAAGGUUCUUCCAGGCCAUGGAGAGCAAGCCCAAGAUCCAGUGCCGCCUGGAGGACCAGCGUCAGGACAUCCAAACCAUCGAGAAGUUCGACUUCCAAGAGGUGCACUUCACCUAUCCCGCACGACCUGAUGUCAAGGUCCUGAACGGCUUGUCCCUGACCAUCCAGCGUGGGAAGAAGACCGCCGUGGUCGGUGAGUCGGGCUCCGGAAAGUCAACCGUUAUGGCUCUGCUGGAGCGCUUCUAUGACCCGGACUCCGGAGAAGUACUGGUGAAUGGCCAGAGCAUGAGAGAUUUUAAAGUGUCUUCUCUGCGACGGUGCAUUGGCUACGUGGGACAGGAGCCGGUUCUUUUUGCCAGCUCCAUCCACCACAACAUCAUGCAGGGUAACCCUUCUGCAAGUAAGGAAGACUUCUCCAAGGUCUGUGCCGAUGCCCAGCUUGGCUUUGUUGACACGCUGCCCGAGAAGUACAACACCUUUGUGGGUAGUGCCGGGAGUCAGCUUUCUGGAGGCCAGAAGCAGCGCAUCGCAAUUGCCCGGGCUUUGCUGAAGAAGGCCUCUUUCCUCUUCUUGGAUGAGGCCACCAGCGCUUUGGAUAAUGCUUCGGAGAAGAUGAUCCAGGCCACCAUCGACAGCAUCAGUGCAAGUACGGCUGAUGGUUUGGGUAUUGUGAGUAUUGCCCACCGCCUGAGUACAGUGCGCAGUUCUGACCUCAUUUAUGUCCUCAGCCGCGGCCAACUGGUGGAGCAGGGGAGCCAUGCAGGUCUCAUGGAGAAGAAGGGCACCUACUACGCCUUGGUCGCGGCACAGGAGUCUGUCCACCAGGCGGAUGCGGAAGAGACGGUGGAAAUGUCCCCGGUGCCGCGCGACCAGACCCUGCACGCCCAGCGCUCCUCCACACACUCCGGGGAGUCCGAGACCCAGCGCGUGAGGCGGGAGAAGGAGGCUGAAGCCAACCGGGAGAGGGAGAUCUCCAGAGCCUACAAGGUGCCCAUGAGACGGCUCUUCAGUUACAACAGGCCCGAGUGGCCCUUCUUCGUGCCCGCGAUUCUCGGUGCGAUGGUGGACGGCGCAGCAAAUCCCGUCUGCACGAUUGCCCUCGUUGGCUCGAUGAAGGCUUUUUUCAACCCGGACAAGGAGGAAAUGAGGGCAGAGUUGGAAAUGAUGGCUUUGGCUUUCGUCAUCGUUGGCGCAAGUGCAUUCGUGGGCUCCACCAUAUCCCACGGCUGCUUCUCCAUCCUCGGCGAG